GGGGGGGGGGGUGUUGAGGAGCAGCAGCUGAACUCGGGCAGCGACAGAAGGCGACGACUCCACAGAUCGACUGGCUGCUCCUCUGAGCCCGCCGAAAUGCGAAGUUUGUUCUCCGUGACGCUGCUGCUGCUCCUGGCCCUGACGCUCACCACCGAGGCCAGCAAGAGAAAAAACCACAAAGGUGGUAAACAUGAUAAGUCCAGGCCGACCUCAGAGUGCUCCGCCGCAGAGACUCAGUACGGGAAAUGUGUCCCAGAACAGGGAGACUGUGGAGACGGACUGAGAGAGGCCACCUGUAAAGACCGCACCGACAAGAUCCACUGCAAGAUCCCCUGCAACUGGAAGAAGGACAUCAGUGACUGUAAGUAUAAGUUUGGGCCGUGGGGAUCCUGCGACGCCGUCACCAACACCAAGAAUCGAUCAGGAACACUGAAGAGGGCGCUGUUCAAUGCCGAGUGCCAAACCACCGUCAAGGUGUCCAAACCCUGCUCCCCCAAAGCCAAGAAAACCAGAGGGGAGAAGAAGACAAACUAAAGGAUGAAAGAAGCAGAAGACGGAUGAAUUUCUCCUCCUCCAGCUGAACAAUCGUCUUCCCUUCUUCAUCAAACACAAAAACCGAGAGACUCCUCCAACACACACCAACCACCUUUCACUUUCCUUUGACUUUUAUUCUUGUUUUACUGAGUUCUGGUUUGAUGUUCUUGUGUUUAUUUGGAUUAAAUGCGGAAAACGUUUUCCAGUGUUCUCCUGUUAGAUAAUAAUGAUAAUACUGUCCUCAUAGGUGAUAGUUUAACAGAUAGUCCUAAAAGCUUUUACUGUAGCUGAAGUUACAUUAACAUCCAGCAGAGGUUCUGACCUGCUCUCAGAUCUAAACUCCACGUCUUCCUCUGGACUGUAAACAGUUCUGGUUUUAGACGAGUUUGGAAUCGUCACCUUUAAAAUCUGUAAAAACGUAGGAAGGUUUGGAUGGAUCUGUAAUGACAAAAUCUUCUAUAAAAUCUAUUUUUUGAACUAUAGAUUAUUGACGUUGCAAGAUGAGACUUGUAUAAAUGAACAAAUUAAAUACUGUACAUUGUUUUGGUGAA